CCCCUGCGCGCGGGGUCUCUGCGCACCGGCCUGCCUGGCCCGCCGACGUGCCUUCCCCGAGAGCCGGCCCUCCGCCGGCGGGGCGCUCGCGCCAUGAACGAGAGCCCGGUGUUCGCGACCCGCAAGGGCGGCUCUCCCCGGGGGAUGGUCGGGGCCGGCGCGCGGCGCAACGAGAGCCAGGACUACCUGCUCUUGGACUCGGAGCCCGGAGACGACUGCUGCCCUCAGCCCCCGCGGCCGGCCUACGGCUACUACCCCUGCCUCCGAGACGCCGACAAUAGGCUGGCCCACCGGCGGCAGACAAUUCUCCGUGAGAAGGGGAGAAGGUUAGCUAACCGGGGACCAGCAUACAUGUUUAAUGAUCGCUCAACAAGCUUAUCUGCUGAGGAGGAACGCUUUUUAGAUGCUGCUGAAUAUGGCAACAUCCCGGUGGUGAGGAAGAUGUUGGAAGAAUGUCUCUCGCUGAAUGUCAACUGUGUGGAUUACAUGGGCCAGAAUGCCCUGCAGUUGGCGGUGGCCAAUGAACAUCUGGAAAUCACAGAACUGCUUCUCAAGAAAGAAAACCUGUCUCGCGUUGGGGACGCCUUGCUUCUCGCUAUUAGUAAAGGUUACGUUCGGAUUGUGGAAGCCAUUCUCAGUCAUCCAGCUUUUGCAGAAGGCAAGAGGCUAGCCACCAGCCCCAGCCAGUCUGAACUCCAGCAAGACGACUUUUAUGCCUAUGAUGAAGAUGGCACACGGUUCUCUCAUGAUGUGACGCCCAUUAUUCUGGCUGCCCACUGCCAGGAAUACGAAAUCGUGCACACCCUCUUGCGGAAAGGCGCUCGGAUUGAACGGCCUCACGAUUACUUCUGCAAGUGCAGUGAGUGCAACCAGAAACAGAAGCACGACUCCUUCAGCCACUCCAGAUCGAGGAUUAAUGCCUACAAGGGCCUGGCAAGUCCAGCUUACCUGUCACUGUCUAGCGAGGACCCAGUCAUGACCGCUUUAGAGCUGAGCAAUGAGCUGGCGGUGCUGGCCAACAUUGAGAAAGAGUUCAAGAAUGACUACAAAAAACUGUCAAUGCAGUGCAAAGAUUUUGUUGUUGGACUCCUUGAUCUGUGCAGAAAUACUGAAGAAGUAGAGGCCAUCCUGAAUGGGGACGUUGAAAUGUGCCACAGUGGGGGAGAUCAUGGUCGUCCAAAUCUCAGCCGUCUAAAACUAGCCAUUAAAUACGAAGUAAAAAAAUUUGUAGCUCAUCCAAACUGUCAGCAGCAGCUUCUGUCCAUCUGGUAUGAGAACCUGUCCGGUCUACGGCAGCAGACGAUGGCGGUGAAAUUUCUGGUGGUCCUCGGGGUGGCCGUCGGAUUGCCCUUCCUGGCUCUUAUCUACUGGUUUGCUCCAUGCAGCAAGAUGGGGAAGAUUAUGCGCGGACCAUUCAUGAAGUUUGUGGCACACGCUGCGUCCUUUACCAUUUUUCUGGGACUGCUAGUCAUGAAUGCAGCUGACAGAUUUGAAGGCACCAAACUCCUUCCUAAUGAAACCAGCACAGAUAAUGCAAAACAGCUGUUCAGGAUGAAAACAUCCUGCUUCUCAUGGAUGGAGAUGCUCAUUAUAUCCUGGGUAAUAGGCAUGAUAUGGGCUGAAUGUAAAGAAAUUUGGAUGGAAGGCCCCAAGGAAUACUUGUUUGAGUUGUGGAAUAUGCUUGAUUUUGGUAUGUUAGCGAUCUUUGCGGCAUCAUUCAUUGCAAGAUUCAUGGCAUUUUGGCAUGCUUCCAAAGCCCAGCGCAUCAUUGAUGCAAAUGAUACUCUGAAGGACUUAACCAAAGUCACACUGGGAGACAAUGUGAAAUAUUACAAUUUGGCCAGGAUCAAGUGGGACCCCUCUGAUCCUCAAAUCAUAUCUGAAGGUCUUUAUGCAAUUGCUGUAGUUCUGAGUUUCUCAAGAAUAGCUUAUAUUUUACCAGCCAAUGAAAGCUUUGGACCUCUGCAGAUAUCGCUUGGGAGAACAGUGAAGGACAUCUUCAAGUUCAUGGUCAUAUUUAUCAUGGUGUUCGUGGCCUUCAUGAUUGGGAUGUUCAACCUCUACUCCUACUACAUUGGUGCAAAACAAAAUGAAGCUUUCACAACAGUGGAGGAGAGUUUUAAGACACUGUUCUGGGCUAUCUUUGGACUUUCUGAAGUGAAGUCAGUGGUCAUCAACUAUAAUCACAAAUUCAUUGAAAACAUUGGUUAUGUUCUUUAUGGAGUCUAUAAUGUCACAAUGGUCAUUGUUUUGCUCAAUAUGCUAAUUGCAAUGAUCAACAGUUCCUUCCAGGAAAUUGAGGACGAUGCUGAUGUGGAAUGGAAAUUUGCAAGGGCCAAACUUUGGUUUUCCUACUUUGAGGAGGGAAGAACUCUACCUGUUCCUUUCAACCUGGUGCCAAGUCCAAAGUCCCUGUUUUAUCUCUUACUGAGACUUAAAAAAUGGAUUUCUGAGAUGUUCCAGGGCCAUAAGAAAAGUUUCCAGGAGGAUGCAGAGAUGAACAAGAGAAAUGAAGAAAAGAAAUUUGGAAUUUUGGGAAGUCACGAAGACCUUUCAAAAUUACCACUUGACAAAAAACAGCUUGGGCAUAGUAAACAAUCAAGUGUGAGGAGCUCAGAAGAUUUCCAGUUAAACAGUUUAAAUAAUCCUCCCAGACAAUAUCAGAAAAUUAUGAAGAGGCUCAUUAAAAGAUACGUACUACAAGCCCAGGUAGAUAAAGAGAGUGACGAAGUGAAUGAAGGGGAACUGAAGGAAAUUAAACAGGACAUCUCAAGCCUCCGCUAUGAACUCCUUGAAGAAAAAACUCAGAAUUCAGAAGACCUAGCAGAACUUAUUAGAAAACUUGAGGAGAAAUUAUCAAUGGAACCAAAUCAAGAGGAAAGCAAUAGAUAAUGCAAAGACUUCUUUUAAAAAUCAUAUUUAUUUGUCCACUUGAAGCCAUAUUAUCUUCCAGUUUAUUUUUUUCAGUGCCAGUGUGACCCCGUUUUAAACAAAAAAAAAUGUCCAAAGAUAACCUGGAUCAUCCCAUCAUCCAAAACCCUAAUAUUUAAUAUUUUUGGUGAUUGAAUUUCAUUGUUCAGGCUAAAGUUUGCAGAUUAUGAUGGAAAUUGUGCCCGGUUGUUUGACGCUUGUUUUUAUAACUGCCUUCUUGGGUAUAACUAUUGUGAUGAUGUGAUUCUGUGUCAUGUCUGCUUGGGGACACUCCCCGUGCAGCAUUUCUCUUGAAGGUCACUUCAGGUAACUUCUUACCUGCUUUAUGGGUCCCCUGAUGGUGACUUCCAGCCCUGAAACCCAGGGAAAGAUGAUCUAUGGCUAUUUGGAGAAUGCUGUUUAAUCAUCUACUCUGCUUGGCCCCCACAGACUAUGAUUGGUAAUAUCUGUGCAAAAUGUGAUUAAAUCUUUCCUGAACUUUCUGACUCAUCUCACUUCAGUGAGAUGUUACACUUAACAGUGUUACAUCUUAACAGUGAAAAUGUGUUUCCUCUACUGACGUCUGGAGACAUGUUGUAGUGUGUGUGCAUAUGCGUGUUUCUGUGCUCACACAAGUGCGUAUGCAAUGCUUGUCCUAUUUUCUUUUGUAGCCAAUACAGACUCUCGAAACCUCUUAUCUUAUGGUUUCU